AUGGUACCUAUGUUCGAUGUAGAAUUAAUGAAUGCUGUACCUCUGAUUGGAUAUUGGAGAAUGAUACGGCAAAUUUUAGGUUUACAGCAUGUGAUGCGUACACGAUUAUAUGGACAACACAUAGCUGAAGAAACUGUUCUUAAAGCUGUGAUUGCACACUGGAGAAACCCGAAUCCUAAGAAGGCACUAGUAAUGUCGUUUCAUGGAUGGACAGGUUGUGGCAAAAAUUAUCUGAGCACUAUGAUUGCCGAUAACUUAUAUGUAAGAGGAGCGAGAAGUGAUUUCUUCCAUGUUUAUAUUUCGACACUACAUUUUUCAAGUCAUACAGAUACUUCUCUUUAUCAGGAACAAUUACGCUCAUGGAUUCGUGGGAAUGUUUCUUUAUGUGAAAGAACACUUUUUGUAUUUGACGAAAUGGACAAAAUGCCUGCGAAACUGAUUGAUGGAUUAAAACCAUUUAUUGAUCAUUAUAACGAUAUAGAAUCUAUCGAUUUUCGCAAAAGCAUUUUUAUUUUUAUAAGUAAUUCUGGCAGUAAUGAAAUAGCUCAAAAAGCACUUCAGCACUAUGAAAGUGGAAAAAUUCGAGAAGAACUGACGCUAAAAGAUAUGGAAGAUGUUUUAAUGGGAGGCGCAUUCAAUACUGAAGGAGGGCUGAAAAUGAGUCAUUUAAUAUCUGCACAUCUUAUCGAUCAUUUCGUGCCGUUUUUACCUUUGGAAAGGAGACACGUAUUACUUUGCAUCAAAGAGUAUAUGUCUUCGCAGAGUUUCGAGCCUACAGCUGAAAGAAUUAGAACCGUAGCUGAUUCUCUACAAUACUUCCCCAAAACUAAUCCGAUCUAUUCUGCAUCCGGAUGUAAAAGAGUUGCACAAAAGGUUGAACUCCUAAUGUUCGUAGAUCAAGAAGAAAGAAGACGACAUGAAGAUGCUGACAAAGCUGACAACGAACUAUAG